CACAGCUGAUUAGUCUUCCCUAAAACUCCGAGGAUGAGACAAAAGGCAAGGACUUCUUAAAUGUCCUGCUGCUGAGGACGGAGAACAGGAGCCAUAAAAAGCCACGCGAGGAAGAGGAGGAGGGACGAGGUGGCUCUGGGUGUACUCCUCCUCCUCCUCCUCCUCCUCAUCAGGAUCAGAGGGCACCGGGACGGGAAGGACGGCAGCUGGUGGUUCGGAACAUCUCACAGGACUCAGACAUGAAGAAGAAGUACGAGAUGCAGGUGGAAGCCAGACCAGAGCAAAACGGACAUUUAAGCCCUUCUGGUGGGAAAGGUGAAGAGAUGACGGAAAAGAAGAAGAAAAAGGAGAAAGAGAAGAAGGAGCCCAUGGUCGGUCCCCUCGCUGUGUUCAGAUUCGCCGACGGUUUAGACAUCCUGAUGAUCAUUGUGGGCACUGUGAUGGCAGUAGCGAACGGCGUGGUUCUCCCUCUCAUGUGCAUUGUCUUCGGAGAGAUGACGGACAGUCUGAUUAACAGCGCUGCGUCCAGCAUCAACAUGACGCACCCCAAUUUCACAUCUAUAAAUAUCACCAGCACCUUACAGGAAGAAAUGACUUCCUUUGCCAUCUAUUACUCCAUCAUGGGAGCUGUGGUGCUGAUCGCAGCCUACCUGCAGGUUUCCCUCUGGACGCUUGCCGCUGGACGGCAGGUGAAGCGCAUCCGCACCUUGUUCUUCCACAGAAUCAUGCAGCAGGACAUCGGCUGGUUCGACGUCACUGAGACGGGAGAGCUAAACACACGUCUGACAGAUGACGUCUAUAAGAUCCAAGAAGGCAUCGGUGACAAGGUGGGGAUGCUGAUCCAAAGCUUCAGCAGCUUCGUUGCAGCUUUUGUCAUCGGCUUCACCCAAGGCUGGAAGCUAACUCUGGUUAUUCUGGCUGUGAGCCCUGCUCUGGGCAUCUCGGCAGCACUUUUCAGUAAGGUGCUGGCGAGCUUCACCACCAAAGAGCAGAGCGCCUACGCUAAAGCUGGUGCUGUGGCUGAGGAGGUGCUGUCUGCCAUCAGGACAGUGUAUGCCUUCAGUGGUCAAAAUAAGGAAAUCGACAGAUAUCACAAGAACCUAGAGGACGCUAAAAGGAUGGGAAUCAAGAAGGCUAUCUCUGCAAACAUCGCCAUGGGCUUCACCUUUAUGAUGAUCUACCUGUCCUACGCUUUAGCCUUUUGGUACGGCAGCACGCUCAUCCUGGGUGGGGAGUACACCAUCGGCAAAGUGCUCACUGUGUUCUUUGUGGUGAUUAUUGGAGUGUUUGCGAUGGGGCAGACUUCUCCCAACGUCCAGACGUUUGCUAGCGCUCGUGGAGCUGCCUACAAAGUCUACCACAUCAUUGAUCACAACCCGAGCAUCGACAGCUAUUCAAACACGGGCUUCAAGCCGGACUUCAUCAGAGGGAACAUCGAGUUCAAAAACAUCCACUUCAACUACCCCUCAAGGCCCGACGUCAAAAUAUUAGAUGACAUGAGUUUAAGUGUGAAGAAUGGGCAGACCAUGGCGUUGGUCGGCAGCAGCGGCUGUGGUAAAAGCACAACCAUCCAGCUGCUGCAGAGGUUCUACGAUCCCCAGAAAGGUUCUGUUUCUAUCGACGAUCACGACAUUCGCUCGCUUAACGUCCGCUACCUGAGAGAAAUGAUCGGAGUCGUGAGCCAGGAGCCCGUCCUCUUCGCCACCACCAUCAGCGAGAACAUCCGCUACGGUCGACCAGACGUGACCCAGAGGGAGAUCGAACAAGCCUCCAAGGAAGCCAACGCUUACGACUUCAUCAUGAACCUCCCUGAUAAGUUCGAGACUUUAGUCGGUGACCGAGGAACUCAGAUGAGCGGGGGGCAGAAGCAGAGGAUCGCGAUUGCUCGAGCUUUGGUCCGCAACCCCAAAAUCCUUCUGUUGGACGAAGCCACAUCUGCACUGGACGCUGAGAGCGAGACCAUCGUGCAAGCUGCUCUUGAUAAGGUCCAACAGGGCCGCACCACGUUAAUCGUCGCUCACCGCCUCUCGACCAUCAGAAACGCCGACGUCAUCGCAGGUUUUCAGAAAGGUCAAAUCGUGGAGCUGGGCACUCACAGUGAGCUGAUGGAAAAGAAAGGAGUCUACCACACACUGGUCACCAUGCAGACCUUUCAGAAGGUAGAGGAGACGGAUGAGGAGAGAGAGCUGUCCGCUGAGGAGAGAAGUCCAACGUCCAACAUCGUCUCCAAGACUUCGCUGUUCAGGAGGAAGUCCACGAGAGGCUCCUCCUUCACCGCUUCUAUUGGAGAGAAGGAAGAGAAGGAAAAGUCGAAGGGUGAUGAGGAAAAGGCAGAAGAUGAUGAAGAUGUCCCCACGGUGUCGUUCUUCCAGGUGUUGCGUCUCAACCGCUCCGAGUGGCCUUACAUUCUGGUCGGCCUGUUUUGUGCCAUUGUGAACGGAGCCAUUCAGCCUCUGUUCGCCAUCCUCUUCUCCAAGAUCAUCACCGUGUUUGCUGAGCGAGACCCAGAAGUCGUUAAGCAGAGGUCCAAUUUCUUCUCCCUCAUGUUUGUCGCUAUUGGAGUUGUGUGCUUUUGCACCAUGUUUCUGCAGGGAUUCUGUUUCGGUAAAUCUGGAGAAGUCCUCACCUUGAAACUGAGACUUGGAGCUUUCAAAUCCAUGCUGAGGCAGGAUCUUGGAUGGUUCGAUAAACCUAAGAACAGCGUUGGGGCUCUCACCACGAGACUGGCAACAGACGCAGCCCAAGUCCAAGGGGCCUCAGGAGUGCGACUGGCCACGUUUGCCCAGAACAUUGCCAACCUGGGCACAGGUAUCAUCCUGGCUCUGGUGUACGGCUGGGAGCUAACUCUUCUCAUCCUGGCUGUGGUGCCCGUCAUCGCGCUAGCCGGAGCUGUGCAGAUGAAGAUGCUCACUGGACAUGCAGCCGAGGACAAGAAGGAGCUGGAAAAGGCUGGAAAGAUCGCAACGGAGGCCAUCGAGAACAUCCGUACUGUUGCCUCUCUGACUAGAGAACCAACAUUUGAGUCUCUGUAUCAGGAAAACCUCACAGUCCCUUAUACGAACUCUCAGAAAAAGGCUCAUGUGUACGGAUUCACCUUCUCCUUCUCCCAGUCCAUGAUCUACUUUGCCUACGCGGGAUGCUUCCGCUUCGGAGCGUGGCUCAUUGAAGAAGGAAGGAUGGAUGUGGAGGGGGUGUUCCUGGUGAUUUCAGCUGUUCUGUUCGGCGCCAUGGCUCUCGGAGAGGCAAACACCUUCACUCCAAACUAUGCCAAGGCUAAAAUGUCAGCUUCCCACCUGAUGAUGCUGUUGAACAAAAAGCCUGACAUUGACAAUUUGUCACAGGAGGGAGUCUCUCCGGACAAAUUUGACGGUAACGUGAGCUUUGUGAACGUGACGUUUAACUACCCGUCACGACCCGACGUGCCCAUCCUGCAAGGCCUGAAUCUGAAGGUGAAGAAGGGGGAGACGCUGGCGCUGGUGGGGAGCAGCGGCUGUGGAAAGAGCACCACCAUCCAGCUGAUGGAGAGGUUCUACGACCCCCAGGGGGGGAGUGUGGUGAUGGACAACAUGGACGUCAAACAGCUGAACAUCCACUGGCUGAGAUCCCAGAUCGGCAUCGUGUCCCAGGAGCCUGUUCUGUUUGACUGCACCCUGGCUGAGAACAUCGCCUACGGAGACAACAGCCGCUCCGUGAGCAUGGAGGAGAUCCAGGCAGCUGCCAGAGCGGCCAACAUUCACAGCUUCAUUGAUGAGCUGCCACAGAAGUACAAGACCCAGGCAGGUGAUAAGGGAACUCAGCUGUCUGGUGGUCAGAAGCAGCGGAUAGCCAUCGCCAGAGCGAUCCUCCGCAACCCCAAAGUGCUGCUCCUGGACGAAGCCACGUCUGCGCUGGACACGGAGAGCGAGAAGGUGGUGCAGGACGCCCUGGACCAAGCCAGUAAAGGCAGGACGUGCGUCAUCGUAGCCCACCGUCUCUCCACCAUCCGAAACGCCGACCGUAUCGUCGUCUUCCAGGGCGGCGUGGUGGUGGAGCAGGGCACGCAUCAACAGCUGCUGGCCAAGAAGGGAGUCUACCACAUGCUGGUCACCACACAGCUGGGUCACGGGACAGAGUGAGAGGACACAGGGACGACACCGGUCUGUGUCCUUAUAAAGACUAGCUGAGUGGCUCUUUACCGACCUUUUCACAAAUUAUAUCGCCUCAUAACAGAAACGCUGCCACGACUCACCGAAAGGUAGACGGCCAUGUUCCUAUUUUAGAAAGGCUUGCACGCCCAGUGACGAGGACGACCUGAGACGCGUCUACGAUCCUGCACCGCUCCUGGUUACAGUUCGGCACAUCUAGUAAGAGCCGUGAUGUUUUUUACGUUCAGGGAAUCCAAACGGCUCCGUUUCACUCCAGAGCAUUCCUGAGCGACAAAAACAAUUAGACUAGUUUAAUACCUCCGUGUUCACCUGGCUUUAAACACCUGAUGAAGUCUAACACCGCUCGCCUCACGCUCCCUCUCCAAGCCUGUAGCAGAAACAGCUGCAGAUGUUCAGGGACUGCUCAGAAAAUCGACGUCUAGAUAGAAAUGGCUCCAGCAGCAAACCAACCAAAGGUGUUAAUAUUCAGUACGAACACCGGAGAGGUUUCAGCAGUAACUUACACACUGGGACCGUCCACCAUGGGUAAAAGCUUAGUUACUGUUUACUCCAAGUUCUCAUCCAAGUCUUCUGUAGGAAGGUGUGUUGUGGAGGAAGAUAUUAAACUAUUAAAGUUUUGUAUUUAAGAGCA